AUGAUCUCCCAGGCGAGAUCCGCAACAAAGUAUACCGCCUCAUUCUUUGCGCGACGGAACCCCCCAACACCAAAUGAGACAGGCUUCGAAGGGGUUCUGAGUCAGAUCACACAAUUUCGGCCCAGUAUCGAAACCCAGAUACUAAAAACCUGUCGGUCGAUUUACACGGAGGCCAACUAUGUGAUGCUCAAGAUGAAUCUCCUCGUGAAAGUUAUAGCCAAGAUGCCAGACAACUAUAUUCUUCCCAUCCUCAUAGUAAAACGCGUGCCAAUUCUGGAAUUACCUCUGUCAAAGGUCAAAAACUUCAAAGCCUUUGUCAUGUCCCAUGAAAUGACCAUACGCGGUCCUGAAAGGGGGAUCCCAUUCAAUUUUAUACUUCGCCAUCGCAGCCUUGAUCACUUCUGCAGAGCGCUCGAACUCAGCCCAUGGCAAGCUAGCCCGCGCGAUGAACUUGUCUCCCACACUGUUGCCCUUAUCGAUCCUUACGAGGGCGAAAGUUUGCCUAAUUCGCCGGCGUUUUACUCGCGUGAGCUGGAGGAGAAGCUCAUCUCUCCGUAUAGCGCCGCUCUACGAGGAUUCCCCGACUUCAAAAUCAAGGGUGCUAUCUCGGAAGAUCUCAGUGCUGCUGCUGUUGAGGAAAUCACUCGCCCGUUAACUGACACACCCGAGAGCGUCCUUCACGAAGUAGAGGAGUUGAAAUCAAAAGGAAAUGAAUUCUUCAGGAAUGGAGACGGGAAAAUGGCCAGUCAAAGUUGGACUAAAGCUUUAUUCAUGGCACUCCACAUUCUAGGAUCUCCAGCAGGGGAAAAGGUGCAAAAUGCUGGAGGGAUGACCUUUCUCAAUCGGAUGGUUGCACUAUAUUUUGAUUGUUAUUCAAACUACGCUCAAAAUUAUCUCAAGUCGAUGCGAGAAAAUGCAACGGAUCAUGAACUUGUACGCUCCUUCGGUAAUGGAUUUUUUAAUGCUAUUUACGGGGCACUUGGCACAUCGGACAAGUUCCCAAAUGCCACCUGGGAACCGUCCGAUCAGCAAAUUGCGAAGGUCUUUUAUAGAGAAGCGGUCGGGUGCAGACUUAUUGGAGAAGGAUUUCUAGGUCAAGCAGAGACAGCUAUCCAACGUGCGAAUCAUGUAACGCCUGGUGAUGUUGAGAUUGAACGGGAGAGGGAAAGGAUUUCGAGAUGGAGGAGAAGUGUACAUUACAUGGCUGAGUACUCGAGUAUGGGAUUUCAUGCAUCACCACGUGCAAGAAGUGGCGUGAAGAACACUGAGAGCAUUGCUCUACAUAAUAUGAUGUGUAGUACAGUAGCCUCAGAACUAUUGAAAAUAGUCAUGGUGGUUAGUUUAAUAGAUAUGUGUAUUGAGAUACUGAUGUCAUUUUUGCUCUCAUUUGUGUUUCCUAAGCAUCAUCAUGCGUUCUUUUCAACCUCAACUACGGCCACCACACUAACCCAAGCCUGUUACGAGUCUCUCUUGUUCACUUUGGCGACUGGGUCCCAGCUUUAUCACACGCAGAAUGCUAUGCAACCUAUGCAACCCCCCCACCCCGGAGCUUAUAAAUAG